AUGAAGGCAGGAAGGGCAAUACAACCACUUAUUAGGCGUCCUCUUCCCUUGCUUCCUUCUCGGUCACUCGUUUGUUCUCCUCGCCCCUUCUCAUCCCCUCCCCUUCCUCUCCGCUCCAUCCGUUCCUACUCUCAGAUAACUCCUCGACGUGGACCUGCAAAUUCUCCUGGAUAUCCCUCGGACACUGAAUAUGCCGACUCAACGGUAUACGCCUUCAGCUAUCUCUCUCGAAUAGUGCGAUAUGUCCUCUACGGGGUAUUAACGCUCGGUGGAGUCUCGUUGAUCACAUUUGAAGGAUUACAUCUUUACGUCGAGAAAGUAUGUAUGGCAUCACCAUCACGGGUGGGAUCCGAAGAUCAAGAUUCUUACGGAUGGAUAGGCGAGAAUCAAGGAUGGACAGGUGGGAUGAAAGGUGGUACAGAUCCCAGAUUGGGUCAAAAAGCAAGACAUGCUUUAAGAGGUGCUUGGAUAUGUCAAGAAUGGGGCGCAGGUGGAUCAGCUACUUCAGCUUUAUCAUCAAAAUCUGCCGGAAGCUCCUUUCAUCCUGAUUACGUAGCUGUAAGAGGUAUGAUUGGUCAAAAUAAGGACAGUCAGAGUAAUAAAGGUAUUAGACAAAUGGUAGAUAGAGGAUAUGAACUGGCAGAAGAAUUUAUCGAUUUAGCUAUUAGAGAAGCUAGGAAGAAAGGAUUAGUUUUUCCUCCUCAUUUAAGUGGAUCAAGAUCAUCUGGUCCACCACCAAUACAACAAAAUGAAUCGACUCAUGGUAUACCACAAGGGGAUCCUGCUGUACUGGAUUUACUUUUAUUGAAAGCUGGAAUAUUGGAAAGGAUAAACACUUCAGAUUCAUUGAUUCACGCCAAGGAUAUAUAUGAACAAGUACUCAAUUCAAUGAAUCAUUCUCAAGAUGAACAACAUUUGCAUAAUCAAGCGAGAGUCAUGAGAUUAGCUGGGAAAGUAGGUGAUCUAUGUGCUAGAAAUGGUGGAACAGAUGAAGCCAUAAAAUGGUGGUCAUGGGGCUUAAAGAAGGCCGAUAUAGAAAUGAGUAAAGGUCAUAAUGGCUUUACUGAAGUGACCGAAGAAGUCAAGAAGGAAAGUAGGGGUUGGUUCGGCUUUGGAUCUGGAUCGUCAUCUUCGAAACAAACGAGAACAGAUACUAUAUCAACUGCACCUACGGCGAUAUCAGCACCCAGCACGUCACCUUUGAACCUUUCACCAGCGAUACUUCGAGCAUCAAUAUCACUUCUUGUUUCCGCUUCGGCUCAUCUUGCUACUUCCUCAUCUCUUGAUGCAGCAUCAUCUCUCCAGGCCCAAGCCCUUUCUCUCAUACCAUCAACGAUUCAAUCAAUCAAUCCUACAUCCUCAUCUGCAGAUCUAGCGUUACACGAAUCAUGGCUACAACAUCGAGUUGCCUUACUUAAACUUCAUCAAGCAUCUGUACUUCACGCUCAAAAUAUUAAGAGUACAUCGGGAAUACCAUUGAAAUUAGUUACGGAAGCCUCAACUUUAUCUGAAGAAAUUGUAUCUUCUAUUCAACCGUUACCUUCCUCAUAUACCAUUCCUCGAUCAAGUCCUUUAGCUGGUCCAGCUAAAUUACUCAGGAGAGAUGUAUUAUUGACUGGAGCAGAAACAGCUUAUACAAGAGCUGUAUUCUUGGAAAGGUCUUUACCUUCAACGCCAAAUGGGGAAGAAGCAAUACAUCAAUUGGAAUUGGCGGCAGAAUGUUUCGAAAGAGCUAUGCACUUGAAUAACCUUGAAAGUGGCGUUGAAAAGAAAGACGGUGAUGAAUUAGGUCAAGGUGAAGAUUGGAGUAGGUACUGGAGGGGUUACGUGAGAGUGAGAGGCAAGAUAAAUGGACUAAUUGAGUCUCAAUCGACAAAGGUAGCAUAG